GAAUAUGUGCUACAAUUGACAAAUAAUUAGUAGGUCAUCAAGCCAGCCAACUGAUCCCAUCUGUGCCAAAAAAUAAUUCAAAUUUACAAGAGAGUUGCUUCCUCAUGCAUUACCUACCUUCAAACUGUCUCUAAAUUCUAAUAAAAUAGAAUCUCAUGAAGCACUCAUGCCUAUAUUUUUCGAUUUGUUCCUCUCUGGGUUUAACAUAUAUAACUUGAGGAUUCAGUCCUAUCCUUACCCUCCAAUCUCCAUCUCCUAAAACGUAUUCUCUCUGUCUCUAGGUACUCUAUAAUGGAUCGAAGGUCUUUGUUCAUCCUCGUCGUUCUCUUCCUGCUCUGGGAAUCAGCACCCUCCCUGCAGGUCCACGCUCUCAACUCCACUGAUGUGCAGGCAGCAGUGACGGAUAUGCGAUCAAAGUCUUACUACGGAUUUGCCAUUCUUCUGCAGAUGCUAAAUGCCACAUCACAGCCAUACCGAACCUUAACUUUCUUGAUGCCUAGUGACUCAGAGUUAUCAGCAUCCCCAAUAUCAAUAGACCAUCUUGAAGAUUUCUUGAUCAGCCAUGCUGUUCCAAUGCCUCUCCUAUUGAAUGACUUUCUACAUUUUCCGACAGGGAGUCUCAUUCCAUCUGGCGUUGAGAACAAGAUGAUCAGAAUCAACAAUCGCGGGAGACCCAAUUUCGCUGUCAACAAUGCACAUAUUGUCACACCAAAUAUUUGCCUGAACUCUUACAUUAGGUGCCAUGGAAUUGAUGCAGUAAUUAAGUAUGACAAUGGGUCAUCUAUAAGUAGCUAAGUGAAUCAAACAU